AACCCCACUUCUGAAGACCGCUGCCUCUAACUCCCCCUUCGCUUUUCUUAUCUGACCUCGCCUCAUUCCUAGCCACUCAACCAAAGAGAGCGGCAGAGAGACUUGGAAGGAGAACCACAAGGAAAAGGAGACCAAAGGCGUUUUCUUCUAGAUGUUUUCAGAAAGGUGUUCACGUCAUUUCCAGAUUCCAUGAAGAGAUAAUCUCCAAGGUAUCACUCAAAUUAAGGAGACGGGACUUUUUCCCUCCCCCGCCCUUCUCCACGCACCAGUGGAAGACGAGGGAGGAGACGGCUGAGAGAAGACGAGGAAGGGGGAAAAGUAAGAGAAGCAAGAUGAGAAAGGGGUGUUGAAGGAAGAGAUGAGGGCGAGCAGAGAGGAGUGUUAGGGGUGGUGGCGAGCCCCCGGUGACCGCCCGCUCGCCCGCCCGCCCGCGCUCGGGACCCAGCCGGGCGCGGCGCCCAAGUCCCGCAGCGCGCAGCGGGCCCGCGGCCCCGCGAGUAGCCCGGACGCGCGGCUCUCCGGCCGGCAGCUGCCGGCGCCCCGCGCGCUAGCGCCCGCCCGCUCCCGGCCCUGGAGCGCCGCCUUCCCCGCUCCGGACUCCUGCGGGGCAGCGCUCCCGGAUGAGCUAAGAAGAGCCAGUGAGAUUAAAGUAGACUGUGAGCCUUUGGCGGACUUCUCACAAGAACAGGAACUUGAGGAGGCAGAGUGGUGAUGAAAACCGAUCAUUUGAUCUAUCACAAUAUGUUCACUAAAUAUCGAUUGAGUGUCCACUGAUGCAUGGCACUGGAAAACCAUUCCAAAAAGAUAGAGCCAUUAACAAAAAGGGGCCUUACCUGUUCAAUACGUAUGCUAAUUAAUGGUCACAGCUGCAGCCUGGACAUCCUCCUAAAGAAUGCAGAAGGACCUGGAACCUAACCGAGCUUCGGGGAAGGUAUCCAUUUUUGCAGCUAUAUUAAUCUUUUAAAACAAACAAAAUGGAUUCCUUAAACUCAUCUGAUCAAAACUUGACUUCAGAAGAACUAUUAAACAGAAUGCCGUCUAAAAUUCUGGUGUCCCUCACCCUCUCCGGGCUGGCACUGAUGACAACAACCAUCAACUCCCUUGUGAUUGCUGCAAUUAUUGUCACCCGGAAGCUGCACCACCCAGCCAACUAUUUAAUUUGCUCCCUUGCCGUCACAGAUUUUCUUGUAGCUGUCCUGGUGAUGCCUUUCAGCAUCGUGUACAUUGUGAGAGAGAGCUGGAUUAUGGGGCAGGUGGUCUGUGACAUCUGGCUGAGCGUUGACAUUACGUGCUGCACGUGCUCCAUCUUGCAUCUCUCUGCUAUAGCUCUGGAUCGGUAUCGGGCAAUCACAGAUGCUGUGGAGUACUCCAGGAAAAGGACUCCCAAGCAUGCUGGCAUUACGAUUACAAUAGUUUGGAUUAUAUCUAUUUUUAUCUCUAUGCCUCCUUUAUUCUGGAGGCACCAAGGAACUAGCCGCGAUGAUGAGUGCAUUAUCAAACACGACCACAUCGUCUCGACUAUUUACUCAACAUUCGGAGCUUUCUACAUCCCAUUAACAUUGAUUUUGAUCCUCUACUACAAAAUAUAUAAAGCAGCGAAAAUGUUAUACCACAAGAGACAAGCAAGUAGGAUUGCCAAGGAGGAGGUGAAUGGCCAAGUCCUUUUGGGGAGUAGUGAGAAAAGCACCAGACUAGUCUCCACACCCUACAUGCUAGAAAAAUCUUUAUCUGAUCCAUCAACAGACUUUGAUAAAAUUCACAGCACAGUGAAAAGCUCCAGGUCUGAUUUCAAGCAUGAGAAAUCUUGGAGAAGGCAAAAGAUCUCAGGCACAAGAGAACGCAAAGCAGCCACUACGCUGGGGUUAAUCUUGGGUGCAUUUGUAAUAUGUUGGCUUCCUUUCUUUGUAAAAGAAUUGGUUGUGAAUGUCUGUGAAAAGUGUAAAAUUUCUGAAGAAAUGUCAAAUUUUUUGACAUGGCUUGGAUAUCUCAACUCCCUUAUAAAUCCACUGAUUUAUACAAUCUUUAAUGAAGACUUCAAGAAAGCCUUCCAAAAACUUGUACGAUGUCGAUGUUAGUUUAAAGAAAGUUUAUCAUUAGAAGGCUGGGGAUUUCUUGAGGUGAAGUAACUAAAUGAAUGAUGAAUAACAAAACAGUUAAACUUUUAGAGGAAAUACAUUAAAACUGCUAAACUUGUAAGAAUAUAAUUUAUAUUUUAAUAGCAACAUGAACAUAAACUUCUUGAGUAAAAGAUGUUUCUUUUGACCAUCAUUCUAGAGUAUUCAAAACGUGAAGAAAAUUUACUGCUUAUAAACAACAUUUUGCCUAUGCAAUGUCCCUAACAGGCUAACUGAAAAUACGUAUUAGAGUAAUUAUUAUUAAUAACAGUGAUUUUCCAGGUUUAUGGCUUACGACAAUUACAGAAGAGUAUUCAAUUAACCACAUCUGUAAUUUCUAUAUAAUGCUAUGGUUUUGUUAUAAAAUUCUGCCAUUUUAGAGAAAAGAAAAUUCACCACAAUGCACCCAUUUCUCCUACCUAACCACUCUUGUGCCACCUUCACCUUAUCCUGGGAAAAAUGGGAGGAGGAAGCAGCCAACAAUGAUUCCUAAUAUGACUGGAGGAAAUGUCAGCCAGGAGAUUGAUAUGAUCUUUGUAUUUAGAUAGUAAAGAGUAAUCAUAAAGUGAGUUAGGCAUUGUAAAAUAAUUCUGAAUGCUGAACUUGUGCAUAUUUAACAUUUUCUUUUUGUUCAAUAUGAAUUCCUAGAAAGAUAUUUUCUUAACCAUGUAUUCUCAAUAUUUGAAAUCAAAACCUUACCCUAGUAACAGUAACUCAGGAGAGGGUUCAGGGGAGGUGUUCUAAUUGCCCCCAUGUUGAUUUAGGACUCAAAUUUAAGGCACUAAGUACCCUAGGUUACUCACCAUAGUUAUUGUAUUCCUAAUGCCUUUUUUGAAAUCUAAAUUAAACGUCAUUUCUGUUAAUGUUAGCAAGCUCAUUUGCUCACUAAAA